AUGGCCGAGCAACAACAGCCUGAGCCAAUCUUGGCUGCGCAACAACAGCCUGACCCAAUCUUGGCUGAGCAACAACAGCCUGACCCCCUCUUGAGAUCACGCUCGAGAAAAAAAGUGGCAAACGCCGCGCCUGGCGACUCACCGGAGCGUACAAGUACCUCGGACGCAAUCGAAAUUGAGGAUUGGCUUCACCUGAUACUCAGCGAUGAAGGGUUCAUUAUCCGGAAUAACCCUGCCGAGGAGCCGCCUUCGUCAUUUUGGCGCCAAAAUAAACCGUUUAAUCCCAACCGAAUCAUCCCCUACCACAACAUACUCUGGGCCUUUGUCUCAGCCGACGGCGGUAGGCUAGUCAUUCACUUCGCCAAACAAGUGCCCAAGGACCGCCUCGCAGUUGGCCAGGACAAGGACCGCCUCAAAGUUGCCGAGCUCAACUACCCCAUCCUGGGGCCGCUCUCCCCGGCGCGUUUUGUCGCAAAGUGGGUAAGGGCCUUGAUGGGGCGCGCAUACCAGAACAACACCGUGCGCGCCAAGCGUGCCUACGUGCUCAUCAACCCGCGCGCGGGGAAGGGCGAGGCGAACAAAAUAUGGGACCAGCAGGUGCAGCAGCUUUUCGAAUUCGCGCGCAUGCACUGCACAGUGAUGCGGACGGAGAGGGCCGGCCACGCCGCCGAACUAGCGGAGCAGCUGGACGUGGACGCGUACGAUGUGGUGGUGGUGUGCUCGGGCGACGGGCUCGUGCACGAGGUGUUCAACGGGCUCGGGCGCCGCAAGGACGCGCGCCGGGCCCUCUCCUCCGUCGCGGUGUGCCACAUACCCUGCGGCAGCGGAAACGCCAUGUCGUGCAACCUGUACGGCACGCACAAGCCCAGCCAUGCGGCCCUCGCCAUCAUCAAGGGCGUGCUCACGCCGCUGGACCUUGUCAGCGUCACGCAGGGCAACGAGAGGAAGCUGAGCUUCUUGAGCCAGGCCCUGGGGAUAGUGGCCGCCGUGGACCUGGGCACGGAGAUGCUGCGCUUGAUGGGGCCGGCCCGGUUCAAGCUGGGGUUCAUGGCGCAGAUCUUGAGGCAGAAGGUGUACCCCUGCGAUGUCGCGGUGAGGGUGGAGAUCGACGACAAGGAGGCCAUAAAGGAGCACUACAGGCUGCGCAGGCGGGGUCUGGGUCCGGGGGCCAGCUUAGAUGGCGAUGGUCCGGCCUCGGUGCACCCUUCUAAACUGGGCGAGGGGAGCGGGAGCGGCAACUCGGUAGGGGGCCAAUCGGAAGCCGCGGCAUCGAGCGCCGCUGAAGAACACGGUUUGCCUCCACUGAGAUAUGGCACCGUCAUGGACGACCUACCCCAGGGAUGGGAGCACAUCGCGCAUGAGAAUUUGGGCAAUUUCUAUUGCGGCAAUAUGGCAUACAUGACGGCAGACGCGAACUUCUUUCCGGCCACCCUUCCCCACGACGGGCUUAUGGACCUGGUCAUGAUCGACGGCAAAGUGUCGCCGAUCAGGGCCAUCAAGUUGCAGACGUCGGUGGAGAAGGGGCGGUUCUUUGAGAAUCCGCUCGUCUCGUACCGGAAGGUGUCGGCCUACCGCAUCGUGCCCCGGAACGGCGUCCGGGGCUACGUCAGCAUUGACGGCGAGCGUGCCCCGUUCGAGCCCUUCCAGGCCGAAGUCCACAGGGGCCUGGGCCGGACCCUGUCGACGAAUGGCUCAUGCUACGAGGCGCCGGGCCCGAGGGGCUGGGAUCCAACCGAGGACGCUGGGCCGGCGGUGUAA